AUGUCAGCCACAGAAGAAGUUCAGGCUCCGGCCGUUGAGGCCCCGCCGGCGGUGGAGGCUCCAGCUACGGAGGAGCCCAAAAAAGAAGAAAAGCCGGUCAAAGAGCGAAAGACGAGAACCCCAAGGGAGAAGAAGCCUAAAGAGCCCAAAACCGCUGCUCAUCCUCCAUACUUUCAGAUGAUAAAGGAGGCACUGUUGGCUCUGAACGAGAAGAGCGGGUCCAGUCCUUACGCCAUAGCCAAGUACAUGGAGGAGAAGCACAAGGCGGUGCUUCCUUCCAACUUCAAGAAGACCCUGGCUCUGCAACUGAAGAACUCUGCGGCGAGAGGCAAGCUGAUCAAGAUCAGGGCCUCGUACAAGCUCUCUGAGGCAGGCAAGAAGGACAAAACCACAGGCAAAACCAAGGCUUCAACAAAACCCAAAACGGAGAAAAAGACCAAAACGACCGCCCCUGCUCCGAAGGCGACUAAGAAGCCUGCGAAGAAGAACAAGAAGUCCACGGCUUCUAAGCCUAAGCAGCCCAAGUCCAUCAAGAGCCCAGCUGCUAAGAAACCCAAGAAGGCUGUUGCUUGA